AUGAAGCCAUCCAAUUAUUUUAAAGAAAGGGGACAUACUUUUGUUCCUUCGUCAUCUGUUGUUCCAUAUGAUGAUCCAACUUUAUUAUUCGCCAAUGCUGGUAUGAAUCAAUAUAAACCAAUCUUUUUAGGUACUGUGGAUCCAUCUUCUGAUUUCCACAACUUGAAAAGAGCUGUCAAUUCACAAAAAUGUAUUAGAGCUGGUGGUAAACAUAAUGAUUUAGAAGAUGUUGGUAGAGAUUCUUAUCAUCAUACUUUUUUCGAAAUGUUGGGUAAUUGGUCAUUUGGUGAUUAUUUCAAAAAAGAAGCUAUCCAAUAUUCUUGGGAAUUAUUAACUAAAGUUUAUGGUCUACCAGCUGAUAGAUUAUAUGUCACUUAUUUCGGUGGUGAUGAAGCUAGUGGUUUAGAACCAGAUUUAGAAGCUAAACAAUUAUGGAAAGAUGUCGGUGUUGCUGAUGACCAUAUCUUACCAGGUUCAGUCAAAGAUAACUUUUGGGAAAUGGGUGAUCAAGGUCCUUGUGGUCCUUGUUCAGAAGUUCAUUAUGAUAGAAUUGGUGGUAGAAAUGCUGCUCAUUUAGUUAAUGAAGAUGAUCCAAAUGUUUUAGAAAUCUGGAAUAACGUUUUCAUGCAAUUCAAUAGAGAAGCUGACCGUUCUCUGAAACCAUUACCAUCAAAACAUAUUGAUACUGGUUUAGGUUUUGAAAGAUUAGUUUCUAUUUUACAAAAUGUUUAUUCAAAUUAUGAUACUGAUGUUUUCCAACCUUUAUUCAAAAAAAUUCAAGAAAUCACUGGUGCUCGUGAAUACACUGGUAAAUUUGGUGAUGAAGAUGUUGAUGGUAUUGAUACUGCUUACAGAGUUUUAGCUGAUCAUGUCCGUACUUUAACUUUUGCUAUCGCUGAUGGUGGUGUUCCAAACAAUGAAGGUAGAGGUUAUGUUUUACGUAGAAUUUUGAGAAGAGGUGCUCGUUAUGCACGUAAAUAUUUCAAUUAUCCAAUUGGUAACUUCUUUUCUCAACUUUCACCAACUUUAAUUGAUCAAGUUAAAGAUAUUUUCCCAGAAUUAACAAAAGAUCCAUCAACCAUUUUUGAAAUUUUAGAUGAAGAAGAAGCUUCAUUCUCCAAAACUUUAGAUCGUGGUGAAAAAUUAUUCCAACAAUAUGCUACUGCUGCUUCAAAAUCUGAUAAAACUUUGAAUGGUAAAGAUGUUUGGAGAUUAUAUGAUACUUAUGGUUUCCCAGUUGAUUUAACCACUUUAAUGGCUGAAGAAGCUGGUUUGAAAAUUGAUAAUGAAGGUUUUGAAAAAGCUAGAAUUGAAAGUUAUGAAGCUUCAAAAGCUGGUGGUAAAUCAAAAGGUGUUGAAUUAAUUAAAUUAGAUGUUCAUGCUUUAGGCAAAUUAAGUGAAGACGCUUUACCAAAAACUGAUGAUUCAUCAAAAUUCGGUUUUGAAAACAUUGAAGCUAAAAUUUUAGCUAUUUAUGAUGGUAAAGAUUUUGUUGAAGAAAUUACCGAUAUCACUAAACAAUACGGUAUUAUCUUGGAUAAAACUCCAUUCUACGCUGAACAAGGUGGUCAAGAAUAUGAUACUGGUAAAAUUGUCAUUGAUGGUUCAUCAGAAUUUAACGUUGAAAACACUCAACAAUAUGCUGGUUAUGUUUUCCAUACUGGUAGAUUAGCUGAAGGUCAACUGAAAAUUAAUGACAAAGUUAUUGCUGGUUAUGAUGAAUUACGUCGUUGGCCAAUCAGAAACAACCACACUGCUACACAUAUCUUAAAUCUUGCCUUAAGAGAAGUGUUAGGUGAUGAAGUUAACCAAAAAGGUUCAUUAGUUGCACAAGAAAAAUUAAGAUUUGAUUUCUCAAAUAAACAAGGUUUAACUUUAGAUCAAGUUGCUAAAGUUGAACAAAUUUCAAAUGAAGAAAUUAAAAAAUCACAAGUUGUUUAUUCAAAAGAAGUUGCUUUAGAUGUUGCUAAAGGUAUUUACGCUGUUAGAGCUGUUUUCGGUGAAACUUAUCCAGAUCCAGUUAGAGUUGUUUCUAUUGGUCAACCAGUUGAAGAUUUAUUAAAUGAUCCACAAAAUCCAAAAUGGCACGGUGCUUCAAUUGAAUUCUGUGGUGGUACUCAUGUUGCUAAAACAAGUGAUAUCAAAGAUUUCGUCAUCGUUGAAGAAUCAGGUAUUGCUAAAGGUAUUAGACGUAUUAUUGCUGUUACUGGUACUGAAGCUCAUGAAGUUCAAAGAAUUGCACAAGAAUUUGAACAUGAACUGAUAAAUGCUGGUAAACUGGAAUUCAGUCCAUUAAAAGAAAAAAAAUUAAAAGAAUUAGGUGUUAAAUUAGGUCAAUUAAACAUUUCAAUCUUAACUAAAAAUGAAUUGAAAAAUAAAUUUGCUGCUAUUGAUAAGAGUGUUAAAGAUGAACUGAAAACACGUCAAAAAGCUGAAAGUAAGAAAACUUUAGAUGCUGUUAAAGAAUAUUUCCAAUCUAAUGAAAAAUCUGAAUUCUUUGUUACUCAUGUUGAUAUUGGUUCAAAUGCUAAAGCUAUUACUGAAGCUAUCAACUAUGUUAAAUCUAAAUUAACUGGUAAAUCAUUAUACGUUUUCACUGGUAAUGAAGAUAAAGUUGCUCAUGGUUGUUAUAUCUCAGAUGAAGCUAUUGCUAAAGGUAUUGUUGCCAAAGAAGUUGCUGAACAAGCUACUAAACACAUUGGUGGUAAAGCUGGUGGUAAAGGUAAUGUCAGUCAAGGUAUGGGUGAUAAAGUUUCAGGUGUUGAUUCAGCUGUUGCUGAUAUUCAAAAAUUAUUAGCUGAAAAACUGAACAUCUAA